AUGGAGUCCAUCGAUUCCAAACACAACCGCAAUCUGUCACGAUCUUCAAGACCCCGUAGCUCGACAAGGGGACCACUAGACGAACCGGACGAUCCUUUGCGGUCUUCUGAGCUAAACAUACCGUCUGCGCCGCUUUCGCAGACAGCAGCCGAACCUGGUAAUUACUCUGACCAUUCGUUCACGGCGCUCGAUCCACUGGCCCCAAGUGAACUUCCAACGGGCGUGGAAAAGGAUCUGUCGUACCUGCUUAGAUACGACGUCUACCAUUCUCUGUCCCAGAUCGAUAUACCCCACCCAUUGCGGUCGGAAUUCGUCACACCAGCACCAGACGAUUUACUACCCACCUCUUUGGGUAAAGUAGAGAGGCUGCUGGCUGAAGGUCACUUCCUACUUGCGGCGUAUCUUUGUGCAACCAUUUUAACAUCCGGUGGCGUCCCACCUACUGAUACGAAAUUGAUAUUUGGGCUCUUUUAUACACGCCUAGCAUGCUUGGAACUCUCUGGAAAUGCAAUUCUCGCAGCGCAAGAAUCAAAGGCUCUCGAGGAUCUGACCUCGGCCUUUUAUUACGUGGACUUUGAUGUCGACACUAACGACCAGGAAACGAGUCAGAAACAACCGAGCCAUCACCGUCAUAUCGUACCGUGGCCACUGCGCGUGCUGGCUGUGAGACUCCAGAGCAUCGGGUUCGGGGAUUCUCGACGAGGUAUUGCUGGCUUGUACGAGCUUGGUCUUGAGGCACGAAGGGAGUUUAAGCGUGCGGGACCGACAAUCGCAGAGCAGCAGAUCUGGAAAGAAAGACUGGCAGAUUUGGGGAUUAGGAGCGUGAACGCAUUGAUAGAGAUGAGUGAUCUCAACGCUGCUCGAAGAUCUCUACACAGCCUGAAAACACCCGCUUCAGAAGCCGGGAUCAAUAAACUGAGAAAAGUGCUGCUCUUCCUGAUGAUUGGCGACCUCGACGCCGCAAGGCAAGUAUCUGGGGAAUCGAAUGAGACUAUACUCAAACCUCUCCUUAGCAUGGCUGAAGGCCAAUACAGCGAUGCGGCAGUGGAAUGGCGUGCACUAUUGGAAAAUAAAGAUAAGAAACAUGAUACGGCUUUGAUUUCUCAGAAUCUGGCUGUCUGUCUAUUGUACUCGGGGAAACUUAACGAGGCCCGGCAGACUUUGGAGUCCUUGGUUGCAGAAAAUCAAUCGUUUGGCAGUUUGAUCUUCAACCUGGCCACUGUCUAUGAGCUCUGCUCCGAUAAGGCUGCAGUUCUGAAGGCUACUCUGGCCGAAUCUGUUGCCCAGCAGCCAAUUUCAGGCGAUAUCAACCUUGAUCGGCCAAAUUCAGAUUUCAAGAUGUGA